UGAAAGCCUUGUGGUUGCGCUUCAGAAUGGCUGCGGAUAGUUGUGUGCUGCUUGGUUUGGUGGAAGAAUUCGUUUCGGGACAGGUUGAUAGCAAGGCCACAGAAACCGCUACAGGUGUCAAGACUGGACAGUUCACAAUACUUCAGUUGGUUGAGGCAUUGGGGUUGAGCCUGAACAGUUCCCAGCCUCAUACCCGUGGCAGAGGAGUACAGCUCCUGUCUCAGGUCCUGCAGGAAUGCUACAGCAGUCUGUCUGAGAGGGAAGUGGAGGUCCUAAUAGCUUUCUAUGAAAACAGACUAAAGGAUCACUUUGUGAUCACACCACAUGUACUUCAGGGGCUCAAGGCUUUGACAAAAUGCUCGGUUCUGCCCCCUGGUUCAGCUGUGUCCAUUUUGAGGUCCAUUUUCCAAGAUGUUCACGUUCAGUCUUUGAUGCUGGCUGAUCGAUCAUGUGUGUACAACAUUCUUAUAAACCUAAUGGAGUCUAGAGAGGAGGAGCUGAAGGGUCUGGGUGCAGACUUUGUGUUUGGAUUUGUGCAGUCAGUCGAUGGAGAACGAGAUCCACGAAACCUCUUGCUGGCAUUCCAAGUGGCCAGGAACAUCAUUCUCAGAGGUUAUGAUCUAGGGAAAUUCGUUGAGGAAUUCUUUGAAGUGACGUCCUGUUAUUUCCCCAUAGACUUUAGCCCUCCACCCAAUGAUCCUCAUAGGAUCACACAGGAAGAGCUUGUUCUGUCUCUACAGGCUGUUCUUACAGGGACGCCUCUGUUUGCUGAGUUUCUGUUACCGUUGAUCAUCGAGAAACUGGACUCAGAUGUUCAGAGUGCCAAAGUGGACUCCCUGCAGACUCUGGCUGCCUGUGGACCGAUAUAUAGCCAUAAAGAGCUGGCAGAAUUCCUUUCAGGCCUUUGGAGCUCAAUACGGAGGGAGGUGUUCCAGACAGCCAGUGAGAGGGUGGAAUCAGCUGGCCUCUCCGCUCUCAGCGCGAUCACAUCCUGUCUUUCCCGUUCUGUGCUCAGUUCAGACUCUGAGGAUUCCUUGCAGGUGUUUCUAGACCUCGUUCUCAAAGACUGUCAGCACCAUCUUUGCGAGCCAGACCUCAAGCUAGUGUGGCCCAGUGCCAAACUCCUGCAGGCUGCCGCCGGUGCUUCAUAUAGGGCGAGUCUGAUAGUGACUGCUGCUGUCAUACCAGCACUACUGGAGCAGUAUAACAACAGAACACAGUGUGCUCAGCGGCGCACCCUGCUGGAAGUUUUGCAGGGUUUCGUUCAGCCCACCCCCUUCAGCCGGCCUGCAGAGGGAGAGGAGAGUGUAUUGGUUGAGUUUCAGCCGACUUUGUGUAUUGUGGUGUUCUCUGCGUUGGUGGAGUCUAGCGCUGGUCUCCAGGUUACAGCCACACGUGUGCUUACUGCACUGGGACAGCAACCUGGCUUGUUAGCACAGACAUAUGUUGAGAAAGCUGUUGAUCAUUUGACCAGACUCAUUCUUGAGGAAGAAGAUGCUGAAGUGAGUUCAGCUGUGGUGGAGUGUUCAGGCUCUCUGGCUCAUCUACAUCCAAAAGCCUUCAUCUCCAGGAUGAUUCCUCGACUAAAAGAACAGAUCUUCUCAGACCUAGCAUCUAACGGCACUGUGCGCCAACGAUGUGUGACAGCAUUAGCACCCGUGUCAUCUCAGCUCAGUGUGGUGCAGGAGAGCGCACCCAUGCUGUUGGAGUUGCUGGCUUCAUCCCACACAGGUAGCUGUGGUUUCACUCUGGAGGAAGUGACAUCUGUAUGCAUCAGUUUGCAGAGGAUAGCAGAACAUGCACGUGGCACUGAGGAGAUAGGCCGAUUCUUCCAUGACAUCAUCAUUCCACGCCUCUUAGGCCUGGCCUUGCAGGCAGCUCUGCAGAAUCACAGUAGUCCACUAACAGAUGAAGCAGUUCUGUCUGCUAUAGUUCCUGUUAUCAGCACAGCCUGUGCUGCGUUACAAACAGAAUUAGCGUCCCACAUGGCGGCCCAGGCUGUUAAUCUUUUCCUGGAUGGAGAUAUGUCCUUUCUGCCAGAAAAUGCCUUCCCCUCACAAAUCCAGUUGCUUCAGAGCCAAGCAGAGUCCAGGGGCCCAUCUCAGUUGGUUUGUCUGCUGAUGGCUUGUGUCUGCUCUCUUCCGCGCAGUGUGGACAUUCCUGAGAUUGACAGGCUUCUUGUCCAGUUGGAGGAACUGAGCUGUACGUGUCCACACUUGUUUUCUUACACCUUUGCAGCGAAAUGCUUUGCUGGCUUGAUCAACAAGAGGCCUGCAGGUGAAGGUCUAGAUGCGGUGCUGGAGAGAGUGUUGAAGAGGAUCAGUGUUGAAUUGGAGAAUGUUUCAUCUUCACAACGAACACAAGCAUUCACACUGCUGCUCUGGGUGGCUAAGGCCCUCCUCUUACGGUACCAUCCACUAUCAACAGUCUUGACUGACAAGCUCUUUGCUCUGUUAAGUGACCCAGAAUUAGGAUGUAAGGUGGCUGAAGGUUUCUGCGUUCUCAUGAGUGAUUCGCCAGACGUGCUUAAUCGUAAUUGCCACGCCGAUGUGCGUAUCAUGUACCGACAAAGAUUUUUCACUGAAAGUUCAACCAAACUUGUUCAAGGCUUCAACUCGGCAAAUCAGGACAAGAAGUCGUGCUAUUUGAAAGCCCUGUCCCACAUUGUCAAUAACCUUCCCAGACAAGUCCAGCUCACAGAGCUUCCUGCAUUGCUGCCGCUCCUGCUAGAAGCAUUGUCGUGUCCGGAUCAGGGGGUGCAGCUGUCUACUCUGUCCUGCCUGCAGCCAGUGUUGCUGGAGCCCCCACCGGCGCUCAACAACCAACUGGAGGCGCUAUUUUCUCGCUUGUUGGCCCUCACUACCAGCCCUGCUAUGAAAGUGAGAAUUGCAUCUCUGCGCUGCAUUAAUGCUCUCUCCCGUCUGCCUGAACAUAUGAUCCUGCCAUUCCGUGCCAGAGUGCUGAAAGCUCUUGAUGUUCCUCUAGAUGACAAGAAGAGGCUUGUGAGGAGGGAAGCUGUGGCUGCUCGAGGAGAAUGGUUUUUGAUAGGUAGCCCUGGUGGAAGAUGAGCAGAUCAGUGAUGGAUCACCACUCACAGAUUUUACUCCCCUAACCCCUUUUUAUGAUAAGGCUUCUGCUCUAAAAACACCAUGUUUGGAGUUGGCCUGUUUGCACACAGCAAUGGCUAUGCAACCUGUGGGCUGCCGUGGACUUAAAAAUGAACCCAAAUGAUGCACUGAGAGUGAACUUGCUCUUUUUUUAGACAGGCCCUUAACAAAUGAUGUUGGAUUAGGAUCCUUGAGUAAAACUAUAUGUAUUGUGUGCCAGCGGUAACAAUGCCAUUAACAUUUCAGACUGUGUGCCAGCGUGCUCUUACACGGCACAUCUGAUUCUGCUGACCUGUUUUGUACACCACCUCAGAUUUCAAUAUAACCAUGUGUUACUCUUAUAGGAAUGUUAGUUUGAUGAAGAGCAUAAAGAUCGCAGUUAUUUAAUGUGCUAUUAAUAUUACUGUCUCAGUCAGUAUUUUCAUUAGCCACAAGAUUAACUAACCUAAAGGACUCUCUGACAAAAGCCAAGAAUAUAAAACAAUAUUUAAAAUUUCUUUCAAUAAAAACUUUUUGUAAACACAUACAUUGUGGUGAAACUUUGC